AUGGCGAAAGUGAUCAGAAAUCGUUGGGUUUAUCGACCGGAUAACAAAUGGAAUCGAUAUUUGCCACGAAGAAAUGACGCAGUGAAAGAGUUUGAUUAUGAUCGAAAUGAAUCAGCGUUGGCGAAUUAUUCGAGAGAACUUGCAGAUGAACAGGUUAUUUUGGAAAUUUUUUUUUUUUGGAAUAUGAGGCAAACAUGUUUUUCAGAAGCCAGCAAAAGCUUCGAAAUUAUGGAUGGCCUGGUUGUAUCGAGAUUUGUCUUCGGAACCAAAAUGGACCAAAAAACACGUGGAAUCGCUUUUUGGGGCCAAUUUCAAGGUAUUUUGAUUUUUUGAAUUUUGUUGGGUUUGGAAACUUUGUAUUGAAGACAUAACGAGAUUUUGAAAACAGAAAAAUAAUAUUUUUGCCAGAAAAUCCUGUUAUCAAGUUAUAAUUUUCCAAUUUUUCUUACAAGACCCCAAAAUUUUCCUAAAAACCUUUCACUUAAAAAUCCCAAGAAUCAACCAAAUAUUUGUUUCUAGGUUGGUCAAAUGGAAGUGUUUCGAAAUACACCGCUUGUAAAUGAGGAAUUAUGGAAAGUGAAACAUUUGAUUGAAUUGAGACCUGUUGUAUUCAAAAAUGGACAUGAGCCAACUAAAGAUGAUGUUUUUUCGACAAAAGUGAGCAUUUUUAAUAUUUAAAUUUAAAAUUCCAUUAAAAAUUUCCAAAUUUUGCAGCUUCAUCCAAAUGGCGAAUGCGAAGUUAUGCAAACUGGAAGUAUUUCGAAUGAAAAUGAUCUCAAAUUGUUGGACGAAACUAAACAGGUAAUUAGUUAAUUAAUUAAAAAUUAAUGUAAUUAAAAACAUAAUUAUUUUGCAGUUGACCCCGCGAGAUCUUCAACGAGACCUGACCAAAAAAUAUCACAGUUUCAAAAGUGUUUUCGAGCAAAAUGUGUAUACAACAUCAAAUAUUACAGUAGUUAAGUAA